ACACAUGUUGCAAAACGUCAAGUCUACCGCCGUCCGCUGCAUAAUGCCUGUCUUGAAGAAGCUCAAAAUUUUCCUCCAAGCAGGUGAAAAGUGACAAGUCUGCCAGAUAGACAUGCUCGAUGUGUUAAUAAUAGGAAGUGGCCCCCAUGCCUUGACCUUGGCGAGCUUGCUCAACAGCCUUGACCCUGAUCAAGACUCUGACCGUGAAGAUGACUCACAUAUUUCCAACCCCCCUCUCUCAAACCUUGAGACAUUCAAACACAAACGCUGUGAUGAAAGAAGAAAGAGGAGGACGACAGCAGGACAGAUGACUGAACAGCAGGAAAAAAAGUCAACAACAUCAGAAAGCAAUGUUUGCCCCCCACUCAGUGUCCUGGUGGUGGACACCUAUGGAGAGUGGGCCGGUCUGUGGGAGAGUCAGUUUACAGCCCUGCACAUCCCUCAUCUGCGCUCUCACACACUGGUGCACACAGACCCUAUAAAUAAGAAUGCGCUUCAGGAGUUUGUUCUCAUGUAUGAUCGUUCAGCAGAGCUUCACAGCCUUCCGGACCGUGUUCACAUUCUGGAUGAAAACGCGUUCUUCAACGACAUGCGGCUUGGCAAGAGGGAGAGGAGACGUCUGAACGUCACGUCAACGCUGAAGAAGAGUUUGUCCUUCAGCCUGCCGGGAACCAAACUGAGUGUGGAUUUUUUUAAAGAACAGGUAAAGAGAUACAAAUUAGACAAAAUUCUGCUGAAGGGAACAGUCGAACGCAUCAUCCCAGUGACUGGGGACACAAAAGGAAUGGGUGAAGAACAGGAAGCCCAAAGAGAGACUGAACAGGCGGAAGUUGACCCAGGAAAGAAGGUUGAACAUUUUUGCGUUGAACUUCAAGACGGCAGGGUCUUAAAAGCCCGGCAGGUUGUUUUGGCAACAGGUCCAACCCGUGUUCAAAUGUCAAACGUUCCCGAAUGGGCAAAAAGCAUUGAGGAAAGUUUCCCAGAGGGGCGACUGCAACACACAGUUCAUCUCAUGCACAAGCUGUCAAACUCUAAGCAAAGGCUCCAAGAAAUGGAUUGUCAAGGACAGGAGGAGACUUCUUCGGGUCAAGUAUGUGAGACAGGACAGAGAGUAAUGGUAGUUGGUGGAGGUCUGACCAGCGCUCAUGUCGUAUCAAUUGCCCUGCAGCAAGGGGCCGACCACGUCACAUGGGUCCUGAGAAAACACCUGCAGCUGAAACAGUUUGAUGUUGGCGACGUGGAGAGCCUGGUAGGCCGUUACUCCCACGUGGAGCACGGCAUCAAGAUGGAUGGCCAGGCCUACCUGAGGCAGUUCUACAAUGAACGCAGCCUUCACAAACGUCUGGCUAUGAUUCGGCAGGCGAGAAAAGGGGGCGCCAUCACCCCAGAGGCAUACAUCCACCUGCAGCCAUUUAUACAGAGCGGACAGGUGGAGUUGAAGACUUUCUGCCAGGUGAACGAGGCCAGCUGGUGCUACAGGUCUCAAUCCUGGAAUCUGUCUCUCAGCACCGGAGACCACUGGACAGGGGACAGGAUCUGGCUCGCCACCGGCUGCAAACUUGACGUCAAACAGGAUCCACUGCUUUCUGACGUGAUGAAGCAUUUCCCAAUCCAGGUGAUUGAUGGGUGGCCUUGUAUAUUGGAAAGCUUACAAUGGACAGAAGGAUGCCCACUCUAUCUGAUGGGACAGUACUCUGCUCUUCAGGUUGGUCCUCAUGCUGUAAAUCUAGCUGGUGGACAGGCUGCCAGCAUGAGAAUUGCCAAGGACAUCAUGCACCAUCAGAUGCAGGACAGAGGACAGGAUUCUGAAAUGGGGAAAGGGAAAUCCAAAACUGAAGAAUAUAUCCAGCAGAUGAAAGGACUUUUCUGGCUUUAAUGUUAACUAAACCCUUCAGAUGCAACUGGUUAUGAGACU